AACAACUCCUCCUACCUGCCUUCUGGCUGACCAUCAGCACCUUUCAUCCGCGAGCGUUUUUGCUUGCUACGAUGAGCUCCUCGGAGGAGAACUUCGACCUCGACAACGUCUCGGGCUCCGAUUCGGAGUUGGACGACUACGCGCCUGCGCCCAAGAAAGCAACCAAGGCCACUGCUAAGACCAAAACCGCGUCGAAACCCGCGAAGGCGCCCGCAAAGCCGAAGGCCUCUGCUGCAAAGAAGAAGGUUCUCGUCGACAAGGAUGACAAUGCGGAUUCUGACGUUGACAUGCUUGACGACGACGCCGACGCUGGGCCAAGUGCUCCGGCUGCGCCUGCGAAGAAGAAGACGGCCUCUGAGACGUACACAAAGCUUUCGCAACUCGAGCAUAUCUUGAAGAGACCGGAUUCUUAUAUCGGGAGCGUCGAGACAUUCACGCAGCCCAUGUGGGUUUGGGACUCGGACAACAAACGUAUGGUUCACCGGGAGAUCAAGUACGUUCCUGGCUUCUUCAAGAUCGUGGAUGAGAUUCUAGUUAAUGCUGCCGACAACAAGAUUAAUGACCCUAGCAUGGACACUAUCAAAGUCACCAUCGACCCCGAGAACAAUGUGAUCUCCGUCUACAAUAGCGGGCGAGGCAUUCCCAUCGAGAUGCAUUCGAAGGAGAAGAUUUAUAUCCCAGAACUCAUCUUCGGACACCUCUUGUCCUCAUCCAACUACGACGACGACGAGAAGAAGCUUACCGGUGGUCGUAACGGCUACGGUGCCAAGCUUGCCAACAUCUACUCGACCGAGUUCACGGUCGACACCGCAGACAAGAACUCCUCACAGAAGUACCGCCAAACGUGGACGGAUAACAUGAGCAAGAUGGGCAAGGCCAAGAUUACGAAGAAUGGACGUGGAGAGGAGUACACCCGCGUCACCUUCAAACCGGACCUCAAGAGGUUUGGCAUGGAACUGAUCGACGACGACACAGUCGCGCUACUCAAGAAGCGCGUACACGACUUGGCCGGGACAUCGAAGGAUGUCAAGGUCUUCUUGAACGACGAGAGGAUUAAGGUUAAGGGCUUCAAGCAAUACGUCGACCUCUAUCUCAACUCCGUGACGGAACAAGCCGCUGAGGUGUCUGGCGGCGCGGCCCAGGCAAAGCCGACCAUGAUCUAUGAAGCCAUCGGUUCUCGCUGGGAAGUCGCGUUCGCAGUCUCGGACGGCAGCUUCCAGCAGGUCUCCUUCGCGAAUUCGAUAUCUACUAUCAAGGGUGGCACGCACGUCAAUUACAUCGCCGAACAGAUAGCGAAGAACCUGCUCGCAUCUAUACAGAAGAAGAACAAGGCUGCUGCUGUCAAGCCGGCGCAGAUCAAGAACCAUAUGUGGAUCUUCGUCAAUGCGCUCAUCGAGAAUCCGACGUUUGACAGUCAGACGAAGGAGACGCUGACCUUGCCCGCGAGCAAGUUUGGCACUAAACCGGCGUUGUCUGAAGAAUUCAUGAAGAAAGUUCAGAAGUCUUCGAUCGUCGACCAUGUUCUCAACUGGGCCAGGUUCAAGGCCGAUCAACAGAUGAAGAAAACCGACGGUAGUCGCCGGAAUAGGCUGUCUGGUCUGCCCAAAUUGUCCGACGCCAACAACGCAGGCACCAGGAAGGCCUCCGAAUGCACGCUGAUCCUCACAGAGGGUGACUCCGCCAAGUCGCUCGCAGUCGCCGGUCUGAGCGUUGUCGGUCGCGACAACUUCGGCGUGUUCCCUCUGCGCGGAAAGCCACUCAAUGUCCGCGAUGCCAGGCACGAACAGAUCAUGAAGAACGAGGAGAUACAGAACAUCAAGAAGAUCCUUGGACUGCAGCACAACAAGGAUUACCAGGACACGAAUGGCCUGCGCUACGGCCGCCUUAUGCUCAUGACUGAUCAGGAUCACGAUGGUUCUCAUAUCAAGGGACUUCUUAUCAAUUAUUUCGACCACUUCUACCCUUCGUUGCUGAAGGUGCCGAAGUUCCUCGUGGAGUUCAUUACUCCUAUCGUUAGGGUCACGAAGGGCGGUCAGAAGAUCAACUUCUACACCAUGCCUGAGUACGAACAAUGGAAGGAAGACACUCCGAACCAAGACAAGUGGAAGCACAAGUACUUUAAGGGUCUGGGGACGAGCACGGACGCGGACGCGAGAGACUACUUCAAGCAGAUGCGCAAGCACAUGAUACCUUUCGGCACAACGGAAAACGGCGACCGCGAACUCAUCGAGCUUGCGUUCAGCAAGAAGAAGGCAGACGAGCGGAAGGAGUGGCUGCGUCAGUGCAGGCCCGGAACUUUCCUCGAUCACAACCAAGAGGAAAUCAAGUACUCUGACUUCAUCAACAGGGAACUCAUCCUCUUCUCGAUGGCCGACAACGUCCGCUCCAUUCCGUCCGUUGUUGAUGGACUGAAGCCUGGCCAGAGGAAAGUCGUCUGGUCCUGUUUUAAGCGGAAGCUCAAGGGAGAAAUCAAGGUCGCUCAACUCGUCGGCUAUGUGUCAGAACACGCGCAAUACCAUCACGGAGAACAGAGCUUGGUUUCCACCAUCGUCAACCUUGCUCAAGACUACGUCGGCAGCAAUAACAUGAAUCUCUUCAUGCCGAAUGGUCAAUUCGGUACUCGCGACCAAGGCGGUAAGGACCACGCCUCGGCCCGUUACAUCUACACGGAGCUCUCGCCCAUCACGCGCAUGGUGUUCCACGCCAACGACGAUCCCUUGAUGAAUUUCCAAGUGGGUGAUGACGGCAAGCUCGUCGAGCCGGACUUCUACGUUCCGGUGCUGCCGAUGGUCCUUGUCAAUGGAGCGGAGGGUAUCGGGACCGGUUGGAGUACUUCUAUCCCGUCCUACAACCCGGAGGACAUCGUCGCCAACAUCCGUCGCCUCAUGGAUGGAGAGGAGCAAGUACCCAUGUUACCGUGGACGCGCGGAUUCAACGGCACCAUCAAGAAGGUCGCUGACAACAAGUACGACGUAGUAGGCUGUGUUCAGAAGGUUGACGAUACAACGAUCGAGAUCACUGAGCUUCCCGUGGGGAAGUGGACACAAAACUAUAAGGCCGAGCUGGAGACUAUGUGUGGUGAGAAGGGUGAUGGUCCAAUCAAGGAUUACAAGGAGUAUCACAACAACAUGAACGUUCACUUCGUCAUCACCAUGGAGCCGAAGCAGAUGGAAAAGGCGGAGGCCCAGGGCCUAUACGAGUUCUUCAAGCUUACGGGCAAGAUCAAUACCAGCAACAUGAUUUGUUUCGACUUCGAUGGUCAGAUCAGGAAAUACAACAGCCCUGAGGAGAUCAUCGAGGAGUUCUAUCCGAAGCGUCUUGCUUACUAUCAGAUGCGGAAGGAUUAUAUCGCCGCCGAACUGGAGACGGAGUUUUCGAGGCUCACCAACCAAGCUCGUUUCGUGCAGAUGAUUGUGAACAAAGAGCUUGUCGUCAACAAUCGCAAGAAGGCAGACAUCGUCGCUGAACUGCGGAAGCUUGAUUUCCGGCCUUUUGCCAAGGUCUCAAAAGCCAAGAAGGCCGGAGAAACUGAAGAGCUCGUUGAGAUCAAUGACGAGGGCGACGACGACGAAGAGGAGGGCAAAGAUACAGACUUCGACUACCUCCUUGGUAUGGCUAUCUGGAGCCUGACGAAGGAGAAGAUUGCGAAGCUCCUUGCGCAAGCUAAGGAGAAGGAGCAGGAACUACUAGCGUUCCUUGAACUGACUCCGAUCGCGCUGUGGCAGAAGGAUCUCGAUCGAUUCUUGGACGAAUGGAAGGGGUCUUGCGAAGAUUGGGAGGCCAAGAUCAUCUCAGCGAAUUCCGCCAACAAGAAGGGCAAGCGCAAGCAGGCUACUUUGAAGCAGUUGACGAAGAAGGCCCAUGCUGAGGAUGACUCAGAGGAUGAUUUCAAGCCCGCGAAAGCUGCUGCAAAGGCCAAGAAGCCGGAAUCUAAGCCACCUGUUGCGAAGAAACCUCCGCAAGCUGGACCUUCUGGGUCGAAGCUCGAGGACGACGAUCUAGCCGAUGUGAAGCCUCCUCCAGCGAAGAGGGGGGCCAAGAAGGCUGUGAAAGAUGAAUCAGAAUCCGACUUCGACGUAGGCAAGAGCAAAGCUGCACCGCUCAAGAAAGCCGCAGCUCGCAAGGCUGUCAAGGAGGAUGACGAUUCAGACUUCGAGAUGAUCGUCGACAAGCGAGGACCUGCAGCCAAGAAGGCUGCGCAGCAGAAUGAAGAUGACGAUUCCGACAUUGAGGUUGUCCCUCCUGCUUCUAAGGAUAAAGGCAAGGGUAAAGCUCGCGUUGCCUCCAACCCGAAACGGAAGAGCCCUGAUGACGAGGUAUCUGAUGAUGAUGCGCAAGCUGUACCCCUGAAGAAGAAGAAAGCCGACGUCAGCUUGACCGACUUCUUCGAGAAGGCCCCGGCCAAGAAGCCCACCGCUCGCAAGCCUUCAUCGAGUAUUCAGGCAGCAAAGGCUCGAGUUGCUUCUGGUAAGAAGGCCGGGCUUGAUGACGAAGAAUCUUCGGACGAUGAGUCCAUUGCGCCGUCAGCACCGAAGACGGCGACGCGGAAGCCUUCCUCCAGUAAGCCUGCUGCUGCGAAGAAGGGGGCGAAGCAAGUCGAUGAUGAUGACAAUAUCUCGAUGGACGAUGACAUUCCACCACCGCCACUGCCGUCUAAGACGGUACGCAAAGCCUCCGGAAGCAAACCCACUGCCGUGCCGAAGAAGAAGGCUGCGUCGAAGGUAGUUGACAGUGACGGCGAGGACGAGCUCGCUAUGGAGGUCCAACCACCUGCUCGUACCGAGGCCCCCAGGCGUGCAGCCAGAGGUGCACCCAAGAGCUAUAUCGAGAUACUGUCGUCCGGGGAAGAGGGUGGUCAGGAUGCUUCUGAGUUCGAGGAUUUCGAUUGAGGGUCUCCUCUUCGCCGGUACAGUCUGUAUUAGUGCUUCGCGUGUCAUCUCGGACUUCGCAUUCCACGAUCCUCAUACCCACAUUGUAUCUUACUAAUCCCUGCUGUCCUGGUCUCGACAUACAGUACCUGUCCCACCCUGAUAUGUAUCAUUUUGUACCGCGUAACCAACGUA